CCUUCCCGGCUCCCCUCCGCGGGCCACGGCCGCCAUGAACAGUGUGGGGGAGGCCUGUACGGAGCUGAAGCGGGAAUACGACCAGUGUUUCAACCGCUGGUUCGCUGAGAAGUUCCUGAAGGGGGAAAGCGCAGGCGACCCUUGCGUCCAGCUCUUUAAGCGCUACCAGCUCUGCGUCCAGAAAGCUAUCAAGGAAAAGGACAUACCCAUCGAAGGGCUGGAAUUCAUGGGCCCCAGCAAAGGAAAAUCUGAAAACUCUUCCUGACCAUGAUGGGAUAUAGGAGGAGUCUUUUGAAUUUUGAAUCACAGUGGCACCAGGACAAGUUAGCUGCUGUCUGAACUACAAGGACUUUUCUCCAUUGCAAUUUCUGCCUUGUAAAUGCAGCUUUGUUUUUAAUGAACUGAGGGUGGGUAUUACUGUUGGGGAGAGAGUGAGUAGGGGGUAGGAGUGAUCAAUUUCAGAUUAUAUGGAGUUACUGAUCAGCUUUUUUCAUGUAGGCCAAAUUAAGCUAUAGUUGUAAAAUGAACGAUGGGGCUUGACUGAUACAAUGCACUGUUGUAUAUUUGUGUUUGGAAUCUUUUCUCUCCAUUAGUGCCACUUACUUCCUGGAGUGCUAGAAAGUGUUCUCAGCAUUGACUAUCUAAAGGAUGAAAGAUAUAGCACUUAAGCAGUGUGGCGCAGAAAUGUUAUUUCUCUCUGAAGAAUGUAGCCUCAUGCUACUGCUUCCAAAAAACAAACCUGUGUGCUUAUAAAAAACCCCAAAUUCUUUCAGCUGUAAGGAAGUUUGAGGCAUACAGUGCUUCCUUUUGGCAAGCGGCAGCAAGACAAAACCUGUCUAGAACUUACUUUUUACUUCUGUCUAGUAAAUGUGAAGGCGAAGCAAUAGCAUGGUUUUAUAUUCAGUAUGAUGCCAGUGCUCCUUUGUGAAAGGAAAGUGUUAUUCCUCUUGCCUACCUCUUGCAUUUUGUUUGGCCAAACAGACCAUAUUGUGGGCUGCAGGCUUAGAAGAUGAGAAAUCUGUAUGAAGAGUGGGGUUAAAAUGUAAUUCUCCUUUGUCACUCAGAGUUUCAGAUUACUAAACAGCAUCCAUUCAUGUUACACAAGCUACCUAGUCAUUUUGCUGAAACAUCUAAGAUAAUUUGGAGCAAAUAUUGUUAAGUAGACAGUAUAAGCAGCUGCCUUGGCAUAAUUUAUAAAAAGUUCACUACAUUAGUGAAAAUGUAAUAAAUUCUUAGUCAUGACAUUAAAGCAUCAGGUUUGGAACUGCAAGAAAAUAUCCAGGUCUCUUCCUCUCUUUUGUGGCUUUCCUUUAAAUUAUCAGAUGAAGUUCCAUGUUAGUCUGUGGCAGCUGGAACAAUCUUAAAUACUAACAGCUAUAACAGUCAGCGCUUCUGAGAGUCCAAACCACUUUUUCAGAAGCAUUAUAUUAAUUUGGUAGAAAUACAAACAUUUGGAUUCAUACUGGAAUGUGGAGGAAUAUUUUAUUGACCUCAUUUUGAAAUUAGAUCUUCCUUUUUUUAUACCUUUGUGUGCGUGAUAUUUAUGUGUCUGUCAACAGAUAACUUUUGCUUGCAUCAAAAGGAAAGUUUGUUCCUCAGUAAAUAUUAAUCUUUAAGGUGCCACAGGGCUUUGUUUUCAGGGCUGUGGUACCUUAUAGGAGGCUGGGCAAACACCUGGUUUGCUUCAUAUCACAGUCAUAAAGCCCUUGUGUCGGCAGCAGGAGUUAGACUAACAUGGGCUGCGGUCACACGGAGCAUUAGCCACGCUACAGAGACGAAAGAUAGGCGGAUUUUCC